GACUACCCAUCGCGCUCACGUGAUCAAGAGCGCGACCUACAACUAUGUCAGAGAGUCCCUGGUUAGAUUUACUUCGAGUUUGCCAUUCGUUGCAGGGUAUAGAGCUUGGAUAGUUCUAAACGUUGUUGUAACGUGGCUAACACAGAGGUUUCAGACGGAAGAUUGAAAAAUUCUUCAUCCAACACAAAAGCUAUCAAAUAUUCUAAUGUUUCUAUUGCCCAUCAACUUCUAAGUUCAAACAGCCGUUAGUCUGAAACGCUAACUACUUUUAGAGAGGGAUAUAGGAAACUGUAUAAGCUGGAUGGAGAAGUGGUGGUCUCUAAAGUUGGUGGCGCUAAUGUCACUCGUGAUGCAAGGCUUUGCUACCCAAUGUUACAUUUGCAGCUGGAGUCCAAAUGACAGAAACAACCAGACUGAUCGUUGCACGGACGACAAUUUUCAUGGACAGAAAGUGUACAGCCAUGAGUGUGACCAUGGUUGUGAAACAUUUGUUCAGUGGGAUUCCAAUGGUAACUUGGAACACUGGAGAAGAAACUGUGUUAAUGGAGACGUCCAAAUAGUAAACAAUUGUGAAGUUACAAAUAAGAUCGCGUGGAAGAGGAGAGUAUGUACUUGUGACGUAGACUAUUGUAAUGGAGUGUCCAGAUUGUCAGGAUCUUUGGGAACUGUAUUAACUUUAAUGAUACUGCAGAAAAUAAGGCAAUGACUUCUCGAUCUUAACGUGCCCUUGAACAGUGUCAUGUUUACUAUAAAGAUGGUACUGUAUACGUUAAUAGAUACUUGAUAGAUCACACGAAAGACACGCCCGACCAAACUUAUAUAUAAAUAAAGUAUAAGUUAUUUGUUGA